AUGAAUCAACUGUCACCACCGGGUCAGAACCGGUGUCACCUCGAAAAUCUACCCGUGGAGAUAAUUCAGGAGAUCUUCUUCCGUUGCCUUGAAUUCAAUCUCCCACGGGCCUCUCUGUACAUCUCCAGGGUUCUUUCUGAUCCCACGGUCUACACUUGGCUUAUCCGACUUGCCUUCAGCAGCGCCAACGAGAGCUCAAAGAGAGACUUCUUUACUCCAGACUUUCUACCACCGCCUCUGGCCUUCUUUGCGCUGUCUGAAUCUCAGAGAAGGGAUCUUCAAAAUGAAAUUCUGGCUUCUCGUUGGUGCACACUACCCCUGAUGCGCAAAUGCCAAAGGGAGUACGUGGAACAUGCCAUCCGCCGCAAAUGUCGAAACCUAGACCUGGCCCCUGAAGAUCACUCUGCUCUAGCCAACAUCAGCAGUCGCUUCAGUAACCUAGAAAAUUGCGACAAAGGCUGGGGAGGAAGCCGCAGCAAAGGCGAUUUGAUUCUGAAAGCUCGCGACCGAAACACCGACGUAGACUACAAAGUCGCCGUGUGGUUUCAUUUCGGGGCGUUCCAGGUCCGCAAGCCCAACAAGCUCGUCACCGACUUGGAUGUCUUUCGCCUUCCAUACUGCUUGCCGGAUCUGCCCGCUCGCAUGCCCAACAAACUGCUCGGCCGACCUUGGACCGACACGAAGCUUGAAUUUCUCCAAUUGCUCUCUAUGGACGCGUACAUCGACACAGACGAUACCUUCACCCGUUCGCGGCGUAUCCUUCGCCAGGUCAUUCGGGACCGUGAUUUUGCGACCUUCCAGCGACUCAUCCACAUGCACAUCCGCUGCCAGUGCUACAAAUACCCAGUGCGCUGGCCUGUCCUCCCAAACCACUUCCAGGUGGCAUUGAAGUACGCAGACGAGUAUGACGACCCAUUCAUCAAACUACUGGUCGAGCAACGCUGGGAGGAGAUCCCUGCCAAUCUGCUACAUCUCAAAGAUCAAUUGAUAUCUAAAGCGGGAACCAGCCAUAUAUGA